UAUAGUGGAGUUGGCUGUAGAUCAAAGCGAAGGAAGUCAGCUGAAAUUUGUAUUCUGCCCUAAAGGAAGCUGUGGUUUGAAUAGGUUUCUGUUUAGGUAUUUAUCGUCUUCUAAUUGGAGAAUUGCGGUCAAAUAAUAGGCGUUUGUGCAAUCGUAUUUGCUCAGCAAUGGCAGAUUGGUCCAGACUUCCAUAUGAUAUCAUUCACAAGGUCUCCACAUAUAUAACAGCCAUUGAGGAUUUCCUUGCAUUUUCAGCUGUUUGUUGCUCCUGGAGAUCAGUUUAUUUGGCUAAACAAUGGCAAUUGGGUCCUCAGAUUCCAAUGUUGAUGUUCUCUGACUAUGAAAACAGUGGAUUUAGAAGCUUCAUUAGCUUGUGCAGAAAUAGGGUUUACAGUACUGAGCUGCCUGAGGUUCGUGGCAGACGGUGCUGGGGAUCUUCUUCAGGGUGGAUUGUAACUAUUGGUGAUGAUCUCCAAAUCCAUCUCCUUAAUCCCUUUACUCGUGUUUCUAUUUGUCUUCCGUCUAAGUCCUCGUUGCAAAUCCAGUUUAGUGAGAUUCUUGAUUGGCAUGAUAUCAUCCAGAAAGUGUUUGUAUUUAGGAAUCCAUUUAACUCAGGCGUGAAUGAAGAGGGCUUGCUGGUGUUGAUCAUAUACAGCCCUUUGAACCAGUUGGCCUUUUGUAGACCUGGCUAUAGUUCUUGGAAAAAUAUUAGAGAUACAAAUGAUGCCGGGUUUAUAGAUGCUGCGUGCUUAGGUGAUCGUAUUUAUGCUAUCCGCGACUUAGGGUCUCUCAUUGCUAUUGACAUAGAGAGCCUUGCCGUUGUGAACAUCACCGGCCAACACCAUCCUCGACAUGUUUCCUUAUCACUUCUUCCCCGGUGGGAUUGGGAGCGACUGUUCCUGGUGGAGUCUUCUGGAGAGCUCUGGAUAGUUCUCCAACGACACAAAUCCAUUAACUCAAUAGAGUUUCUGAUCUACAGUUUUGAUUUUGUCAAGAAGAAGUGGAUUAGGUUGAGCAGCUUGGGGAAUUCCGCAGUUUUUGUUGAUAGUAGCUGCUCUGUUGUUACUGGAGCAUCUGAGUUCUUGAACUGCAAGAGCAAUUGUGUUUAUUUUGUAGGGACGAGAAACGAAGAGAGGUGGCAGAACAGGGAAAUUCAUGUCGGGUUGGGUGUGUAUAGCCUGGAGAAAGGGGUUUCUGAGCCUCUCUGCUUUGGCACUGAUGCCCCUAGAUGUUACUCCUUUCCACUCUGGGUAACACCUACCAUGUCUUAGUGUGUUUCUUUGAAGAGAUUGAGCUUCCUCUCAUCAUCCUGCUCCCAAACGAGCACCAUCAGAGGCUGUGAAUCUUAUAGCAGAACCACUAUGCAGACAGAUGAAUAUGGAGCAAGACAAGAGGUGUAUGAAGGUAGAUUCCAGUUCAACUCAAUGCUUGUUUCAAACACACUUCUGUUAGACAAGUUUUUUAGUUCUUUUAGUUGCUUGCUUUUUUUGCUCUUGUUUUCUGAAAAUUUAGUUGAACAACUUCAGUUAUCAACGAGGAAAUGUAUGAAGCUGAAAUAUUAUCUUCAAACGAAUGUUUUGUUCU